UUCAGGCUCGUCACUCGGCUGCUGUUUUGUGGCUACUAGCAACCAAGCAAGGCAAUACCUGAGCAACCAGUCAACAACAGUGCAGGUGACCCAGUUGUGAAGAGCACCAAUAUGGAGACAGAAUUGACCACGGGUCUUUUGGAGCAAGAUCCACAUUAUAUACCAGGCUACUCAGGUUAUCGUCCACAGCUAAAGUUUAAAAUGGGCAAGUCAUACGGUCAGCUGGUGGCUGAACUGCGGAGCCCGGUCCUGCACUCGGGUUCCGACGGGACCCUCAGAAGCAUCCCUGAGAGACACGCUGGGCGAAUCAUGCCCGGUUACACUGGUUUUGUUCCCAAAAGGCAGCACUACAUUGCCUGCAGCUUCGCGGAAACAUGCCAGAGAGCAUUUUCUGACUUUUACCGGGAGACAUAUGCAAAUAUUCAACGGGCGUCGGCAGAUUCAUCACUCGCUGUCGACUCCUCGCACCCGCAGUUGGAGGUACCCCUAACCGCCAUUUCAGACCAAUUGGUGUCCUACAAACCCUUAAAAAGCUUCACCCCCAUCCCUAAACCACAUCUACUUGAUGAUGGACACCCCUACAAGUACUACAUGUCAGGCUUCACAGGACAUGUGCCGAAAUCCCGCUUCCUCAUUGGGAAAGGUUACCCCAUGACCACUAACGAGGCCCUUGUCCAGUUCGGAAGGGAGCAGAGUGGCGGCGAAUGCCCGCUGCCAUCCAUUUGUGCAAUCUAUCCAUCAUGCCACAGGGGGGUGGCAUCAUCAUUCACGGGUCACAUACCAGGGUACAAAUUCAUGUCCGGGCACACCUUUGGCCAGCUUUCCAAGAAAGCUUUGGAGAAACGUGCCAGCAAGAAACCCCAUCCCCCAAAAUAUUGUGAAGAAAACAGAUUUGAAUAACAAGAUGAGAAAUCUAUAUAUGCUACUGU